ACUCACAAGUCUAAUCUAAUAUCGAAGCGCUUCUCCUCCUUUCCUCCGUCCUGACCGUCUGCCUCUCCUCCGCCAAUUCGAUCGAUACAAUUACUCCCAACUCCAAACCCUAAUGCCGCUCCUCUCCAUCUCCACCCCCGAUAGCGGCCCAUCAUGAUUCCGGUUGCCGGAAACCGCCGCCGAUUAUUCCCCGGCACUCCGCCCUCUCGCCUUUCCCUGACCGCCUUUCGCUGCCUCAGCCUCCGCCUUCGCUUACUCGUCCUCCUCCUGUUCCCUUCCUUAUAUAUACUCCUCCUAUCCUCCACUUCCUCUAUCGAUAUUCACUCUUUUAUCAUCGAUUUCAUACCCGUCCUCGCAUUCUCCUCUGGUCUUGUCCUCCUCCUCUGCCUUUUUCUGCCCUCUCUACGCGUCCUUCCUCGCCCGCCUACUCUCCCGCUUCUGUGGUCCAUCGGAGGGACUCGCACCGAUCGCCGGACCGGCCUUUCUGUACAGGUCUACAGCAACGGAGACGUCUACGAGGGGGAGCUCCGGUGGGGGAAGUGCCACGGAAGUGGGGUUUACUACUAUUAUAAGAGUGGAAAGUACGAAGGGGAUUGGGUUGAUGCUAAGUAUGAUGGAUAUGGGGUGGAAACUUGGACUAAGGGGAGCAGAUACAAGGGACAGUAUAAGAAGGGGCUUAGAAAUGGUUUCGGGGUUUAUCGGUUUUAUACUGGUGAUAUUUAUGCAGGAGAAUGGUUGAAUGGUCAGAGCCAUGGUUAUGGUGUGCAUACUUGUGAGGAUGGAAGCCGUUAUGUUGGUGAGUUCAAAUGGGGGAUCAAGCAUGGCUUAGGACAAUAUCGAUUCAGGAAUGGAGACACCUAUGCAGGAGAAUAUUUCGCCGACAAGAUGCAUGGCUUCGGGGUCUACCAAUUUGCAAGUCAGCAAUGCUACGAGGGAGCAUGGCAUGAAGGAAAGAGACAAGGUUUAGGAAUGUACUCUUUCUCGAACAGCGAGGCACACUCCGGUCACUGGGCAAACGGCAUCCUGCAAACUUCUAGCACUCGAAACGCCUUCCCUGGAACUCCAUUCGCAGUUAACCAUUCCAGAGUACUCAAUGCUGUUCAGGAAGCAAGAGCAGCAGCAGGAAAGGCAUAUCAUGUGUCAAGGGUGGAUGAGAAAGUAAAUAAAGCUGUUGCUGCUGCGAAUAAAGCAGCCAAUGCAGCCAGAGUUGCUGCUUCCAAAGCUGUCCAAACUGAGAAGAGAAUUCAUAGAGAUGUGCUCGAUUUCCCCAUCCCAAUAGUAUGAUAAUCUUUUCACUUUCUUUCGAUCGGAAGCCAUUAUGAACGAGCAUUCGCCGCAUUUUAGACAACAUUCUAUUGAGAUUGAAGACAAAACUAUGCAGAUUUGUGUAUGAGGAUUUGCUCUUAGUUGACGAAGAGGAUUGAUAAAAAAGAAUCUAGUGACUGACCACUUUAGGAGUAGGUUCUUCUUGCCUUCACUCUCAUCUCAGGUAAAUUAGCUUUUUUUUAUUUAUUUAUUUAUGUGGAGUUUUAAUCUGUAUAGGAACAAAAAUUUCAUCAAUGGACGAUGCGAGAAUCUUGAUAGUAAUUAUAUCGUGUCGUAUGACAAUGAAUGAAGUGCACAAAUUUAGCUCA